UGAUCCAGCUAAACGUCCAUCAUUUAAAUACCUCGCAUCGAAAUUCGAGAAACUUUUAUGUAGAAGUGCGAAAUAUUUAGACGUUGAAGUUGAUGAAGGUGCAAUUUCUAAUCCAAUGUAUUUGGCGAAUGUUGAUGAAAUCACAAAUGUUGAAGAUACUAAAAAUGAAAAAACGAAAGAUGAUGAAGUUUGUCGACACGAUGAUUUGUGGACGACUCCAAAGUUUAAAACAGAUGUAAGCAAAGUUGACAACAAGAAAUAUUUGUUAAAGUACGAUGAUCAACUUCAACUUCUUCUCGCUCGUUAUGACCAACCGAAAACAUUAGCUGAAGCUCGUUCAAUUAGUCAAAAGUUACGCUAUCAAAACGACUUCCACACUUUCUUACCACCGAAUAGUUACGUGAACAGUAGUCAACCAGACUUACUGUCAAUAUCAGAUCGUGAAAAACUGAUUGAGUCACGCUACGAUACACCGAAAUUAAAACGCAACAUAAGUUAUGUAGAGAUGAGAAAUAUUAUUCGAUGUCGUAAAACAUCACAAUCAACAACUAAUGACAGUUUUGAUGAUAACAACAAUGAGAUGCCUUGCAAUCGUACCACGAUCAAUGAAAAUCUCAACUUCAAUGAUCUCGACAAACUACUAAAUACAGACAAAGAAAUUUCAUUUAAAUUUUCCAGUUUAAAUAAUUUAAAUAAUCGUUUGACAAUUACCGAGACGAAAUGUUAA